GCAGGAUCCAGCAGACAUGACUCCUCCUCACAAGCCGACAGGACUCCUUCCGUCCCGGACUGCCUGCUGACUCGGAAGGCAGAAGAAGGCAAGAAGCUCCUGAAAGAGGACAAAAUGAUCUUUUCUUUUCCUGCCAAAAACUCCGUGAGGAAUUUGCUGUGGAUGUUUUUUGUGGGUGUCGUCAUGAGAUGCUACGGUGACCCUGGUCUCUCAGUGGAUGUAGAUGGUCCGGCUGAAUCUCAGAGUGGAGCUGCACCAACACCAGAAGGUUACUUCUUGGAGGUGUUGGAGCCUGUCAACAACAUCACACACUUCCAGGGCCAGACAGCCACGCUGCACUGCAAAGUGGCCGGGAACCCACGCCCGACCAUACGCUGGCUUAAAAACGACGCCCCCGUCGUUCAGGAGCAAGGACGCAUCACUAUUCGCAAAACCGACGGCGGAUCCAAGCUUCGCAUCCAGGACCUGGACACGACAGACACAGGAUAUUAUCAGUGUGUUGCCUCCAACUCACUCAAAGUCAUCUCUGCCACGGGGGUGCUUUACGUCAAACUCGGACAGAUGCCUACGCAUGGGCCGGAUGAUACGUCACAUGAAAAAGGUUUCUGCCAACCGUACCGUGGCAUUGCCUGUGCACGCUUCAUUGGCAACCAGAGCAUUUAUGUGGAGUCUCUGCAGAUGCAAGGGGAAAGUGAAAAUCGCAUCACUGCUGCCCUCACAAUGAUUGGCACCUCCACUCAUCUGUCGGAUCAGUGUUCCAAAUUUGCCAUCCCGUCCUUCUGUCACUACGUUUUCCCACUUUGCGACGAGGGAUCCCGGGGUCCCAGGCGACGUCAGCUCUGUCGGGACGAGUGCGAAGCCCUCGAGAAUGACCUGUGCCAUGCCGAGUACACCGUUGCCCGAUCCAAUCCCAUGAUCCUGAUGCAGCUGGAGCUUCCGAGCUGUCACCUGCUGCCGCGCCCUGGCACGCUCGACGCUGCUUCCUGUAUGAGAAUCGGCGUGCCAUCGGAAAAACUACAUACACACUCCCCUACAGACCAGAGCUGCUACAACGGAAGUGGCGCUGACUACAGGGGCACUGUGAGCAUCACGGCAUCAGGUCAUCACUGCCAGCCGUGGAACACUCAGUACCCUCACAGUCACCAUCUAUCCCAAGAGUACCCUGAACUAUGGGGGAGCCACAACUACUGUCGGAACCCAGGAGGCCAGAUGCAGGCUCCCUGGUGCUUCACCUUGAACCCUCGGGUCAGGGUGGACCUUUGUGACAUUCAGCCUUGCAAGGCUCCAGACAACCCCAGGAAGGAGAUUCUGUUUAUUCUUAUCCCGGCAAUCGCCGUGCCGUUGAUCAUCGCUUGCCUCUUCUUUCUGGUUUGCAUGUGUCGGAAUAAGCAAAAGACAUCAAGUGACACACCUCCUCGUUGUCAGCUCAGCAGCUCUUCCAACCAAGACAUGGAAAUGUCUCUCCUCAACCAGCAAAAACAUCAGGCAAAGCUGAGGGAGAUCAAUAUGUCAGCCGUUCGAUUUAUGGAGGAGCUCGGUGAGGAUCGCUUUGGCAAGGUUUACAAGGGUCACCUGUAUGGCACUGCACCUGGCGAGCAAACCCAACUGGUGGCCAUCAAGACACUGAAGGACAAGAUUGAUCCGAUUGUCAGUGAGGAGUUUCGCCAUGAAGCCAUGCUCCGCUCUCAUCUUCAGCAUCAGAAUAUUGUUUGUCUUCUGGGUGCGGUCACCAAGGAGCAGCCAAUGAGCAUGAUCUUCACUUAUUCAAGUCUUGGUGAUCUGCAUGAGUAUCUGGUCAUGCGCUCCCCCAACUCGGAUGUUGGUAGCUCCGAUGAUGACAGGACAGUCAAGUCCACAUUGGACCAGACUGAUUUCCUUCAUGUCAUUACCCAGAUUGCUGCUGGAAUGGAGUACCUUUCCAACCAACAAAUCGUCCAUAAAGACCUCGCAGCUCGGAAUAUUCUGGUUUUUGACAAACUGGGCAUCAAGAUCCUGGAUCUCGGCCUCUUGAGGGAUGUCUACUCUGCUGAUUACUACAAUCUGAUGGGAACAAGCCCUUUCCCUAUUCGCUGGAUGUCACCUGAAGCUAUCAUGUAUGGAAAGUUCUCCACCGACUCUGACAUCUGGUCUUAUGGCGUUUUGCUGUGGGAAACCUUCAGUUACGGUCUGCAGCCGUAUUGUGGCUAUUCCAAUCAGGACGUGAUUGAGAUGGUGCGCAGCCACCAGGUAUUGCAGUGUCCUGAUGACUGCCCGGCUUGGAUUUACACCCUCAUGCUUGAGUGCUGGAGCGAAUUCCCAGCAAGAAGGCCUCGCUUCAAGGACAUUCACACACGUCUGCGCUCCUGGGAGAGUCUGUCAAACUACAACAGCUCUGCUCAAACGUCAGGCACCAGCAACACUACCCAGACCAGUUCCCUCAGCACCAGUCCUGUUAGCAACAUCAGCAUGAGCACAGUGAAUGCAUCACGCUACCCAAGCCCCAAAAAGAGCUCACCCUUCCAUCAACCCCAGUUUAUGCCAAUGAAGGGUCAAAUGCAUCGGCCAUUGGUGCCCCCGCAGCUAUACAUCCCUGUCAAUGGUUAUCACCCCAUGCCAGCUUACCCGUACCUGCAGAACUUUUACCCCAUGCAGAUCCCAAUGCCGAUGCCCCACCAGCAAGUCCACCAUCCACCACAGAUGGUCCCCAAAGCUGGUUCCCACCACAGUGGCAGUGGCUCUACGUCAACUGGCUACGUCACCACGGCUCCUUCCAGCAAUUCCGUGGCAGAGCGAGCAGCUUUACUCAAUGACGACUCCAAAACCAAGGACGAGGUCUUGGCUGAUGCCGCUUCCCAGGUCGAGCUCGGGCAAAACGAGAACUUGUCAAUGCCUGAGACAGAAUUACUGGGUGAUACUGAUCUUCGACAAACUGAUGAGCUGGCAACCCAGUUGUCAGACACAUAAGCGAGAUUCUGUAUGAAGGACUGGGGGUGUGGGAGGGGUGAACUAUUCUGUGAACUGUGCUUGCUUUCAAUGAGCAGCAUGAAGUGAAGGGAGGAAUUUGGGGUGACAGUGACUGAAUGUUGAAAAAGACUCUUUUCAGACGUUAUACUUUGAAGAUAACUGACCCAUAAUCAUGUCUGUGUAGAUUGUCGAUCAUCCAGGUGAUUGUAAAGUUGAAUGCGGGCAACUGGACGCUUUUUCGCUGAAGAUGUUUUUACCUUUCAUCCAAAAGGCUUCUUCAGCUCAAAACUUUAGGUGGGUGUUUUGUUGUAGGCUUGUUAUUGUUUUUGUUGCCCAAUGUAGCUGGUGAAUGACCGUCCUGCAUAAUACUUCGUUCACCUGCCUGAUGGCAUUGUUAGUGGCCACUGUUCCUUUGGAAUCAGACCAUCUUUGGGGGAGAUCCACAUUGUCGAGGCCAUUGCACUAGAGGGUCCUACUGUAAAUUGGGAGAAUGUACACAUGAAGUUUAGAACUGAAAAGGCCUGUCCAGUUGCCUCCAUUCAACCUUUGCAGAUUCAUAAUCAUACUUCUCAAACUCUCAAACCUGCAAACAUGGCAGACCUUAUGUUUUCCAUUCCAAUGUUGCUGUGCAAUUACAAGGUGUCUGUGAAGAUUUAUUUCAUUACUUGCCUGCUCGAAUGAACACGUCUCUUUCCCAGCCUGGAUGCCAUGUUCCUCUCUUUACAAGCCCACCAUGACCUUCAAGAGGGAACAUGUCGCUUUUGAAUAUUGAACGGCUCUAAAAGGUCUGCAGUUCUUCCAGAAUCAGAAGUGCCAGAACUGAACCCGUGUUUUACCGUGGUGAAAAUGCUGGUGCAUACCUUUGUGUCGCUUGAUUACUAUGUGAUGAUGUUUUGGACGUUCUUACUAGGGAUUCACGGCCAUGGAACAAUGGGCGGUGGCGGUUCUGCAUGCCUUGGCUAGUGAACAAAGAAUUUCCAUGUCUUUUACAAACAUGGAGUCCCAUCUAGGGAUGUUCUCAGGGCAUGGGAUCGAUCAAUUUUUGCUCAAAGACUAGAUUGGACAGUUCAACGUCUUGUAAGACAACCGGAAAAGUCCGGUUACAAUCAGUUCAAUGCCCCGAGAAUGCAAAGACUUGGAUUUGGAUGAAUGGGAAUAUUCACAGGCAUAUCUACAGAUGGAAAUUAAUAAGAACUGAGCAAUUCCAAUUCCAGUAUCAAUAAUGCUUCCUUAUAAUCAAUUUUCUAAUCAUUCUCAUCCCCAGUCCCGCAGGUUCUCAUCUGUACAAUGAGACCCUUCGGGACUCAAUUACCAAAUGGCUGAAUAUGGUAAGUACGGCAGGACUCAGCUGUUGACAACUAAUGACAUCGCCAUUUGAGGGGUGCCCCCAAGUGGUCGUGGGAACCUAAGCAGCCGCUUAGGUUGCGUAAGGGGAGAAACGCCUAUUCCAGGGGUGUCCAAAAUUUUUCUGGUGAGGAUUGAAAGAAACAAAUGAAAGAUGAUACAUUUUGUACACUAAAGAAGUCAAUCAGUGCUAAGCUAUCUGAACAAAACAUCAACAUAUUAACUUUGUCUUAUAGAUGACAAAGCAAAUUAGUGUAAUAUCUAAUAAUAUAUCUCAUUAAUAAUCAAUUCAUUUUAUUUCUACAAUAUGCCAAGGGCCAAUAAAAAUGACCUGCGGGCCGAAAAUGGCCUCCAGACCUCACUUUGGACACCCCUGGUUUAUGAUUUGUAGUCCACCCGGCUGAUAAUUGUAAUAACAUUUUACUUUACCAAGUUGCACAGAUUUGUAAUUUAUGUUCUUGAGUUUGAAAAGGUUUUUUUGUUUAUAUUUUUUCUAUAUUGAGCAUUGCAAAACCUAGUGAUGAUUAAAUGUUUGUUACCCUGAUUUUUAUAAGCCGUUGUAUUGUUUCUUACUUUACUGCUUUGU